CUGCCGAUUGUCAAUGGAAAGCUGCAGCAGCCACAAGAAAACUCUGGAUCUGACAUGAUGUACAAGAUUGAAGAUGUCCCUCCAUGGUACCUUUGUAUUCUGCUUGGUUUUCAGCAUUACCUGACAUGUUUCAGCGGCACUAUUGCAGUCCCAUUCCUGCUAGCUGAAUCGCUCUGCGUUGGGAAGGACCAGUACACCGUGAGCCAGCUCGUAGGGACCAUUUUUACUUGUGUGGGGAUAACAACACUCAUACAGACCACAUUUGGAGUCAGGCUUCCUUUGUUUCAGGCCAGUGCAUUUGCUUUUCUUGUUCCUGCUCGAGCUAUUCUUGCUCUAGAGAAGUGGAAAUGUCCCGAUGAAGAUGUGAUUUAUGGAAAUUGGACUUUUCCCUUGAACACAUCCCACAUAUGGCAACCAAGGAUACGAGAAGUCUCAUUGCAGAUUCAGGGUGCGAUCAUCGUGUCCAGUGUGAUUGAAGUGCUGAUUGGUCUGGUGGGGCUGCCAGGCAUGCUGCUGAGCUACAUCGGGCCUCUCACAGUCACACCUACCAUCUCCCUGAUCGGCCUGUCAGUAUUCCAGGCAGCGGGGGACCGGGCUGGAUCUCACUGGGGCCUGUCACUGCUAUCCAUUUUCUUGAUCGUGUUGUUUGCUCAGUACCUGAGGAAUGCAAAGUGUCCUGUGCCUGUCUAUAGGUGGGGGAAAGGAUGCACUAUUGUUAAAAUACAAAUAUUCAAAAUGUUUCCGAUUAUCAUGGCCAUCAUGGUGGUUUGGCUGAUUUGCUAUAUUCUAACUCUGACUGAUGUUCUACCGACUGACCAGGACCAUUAUGGGUAUAAAGCUCGGACAGACGCUCGGGGGGAGAUCUUGUCUCGGGCACCGUGGUUCAGGUUACCUUAUCCCUGUCAGUGGGGCAUACCAACAGUGACAGCUGCUGGAGUUCUGGGGAUGUUCAGUGCAACGCUAUCUGGAAUAAUUGAAUCCAUAGGCGAUUAUUACGCUUGUGCAAGACUGGCAGGCGCGCCACCCCCACCCAUUCAUGCAAUUAACAGGGGUAUUUUUACUGAAGGCAUCUCCUGUAUAAUAGCUGGUCUGAUGGGGACAGGGAAUGGUUCCACCUCAUCAAGCCCAAAUAUCGGGGUUCUUGGUAUAACAAAGGUGGGCAGCAGGCGAGUGGUUCAGUAUGGAGCAGGGAUCAUGCUUGUUUUAGGGACAGUGGGAAAGUUCACUGCACUGUUUGCAUCAUUACCAGAUCCUAUUCUUGGGGGGAUGUUCUGCACCUUAUUUGGAAUGAUAACUGCAGUUGGACUCUCCAAUUUACAGUUUGUGGACUUGAACUCCUCCCGGAAUCUGUUUGUAUUGGGCUUUUCAAUGUUCUUUGGCUUGACUCUGCCAAAUUACUUGGAUACCCACCCAAAGUCCAUUAACACAGGUGUACUGGAAAUUGACCAAAUACUUACUGUCUUGAUGACGACUGAAAUGUUUGUCGGAGGCUGCCUUGCCUUUAUCUUAGACAAUACCAUACCAGGUACCAAGAAAGAGCGAGGUCUGCUGGAGUGGAAGGAGGGGGCCCACGCUAACAGUGACAUGACUAUGAGUCUGCAGACCUACGACUUCCCAGUGGGGAUGAGCUGUGUGAAGAGAACUAAGUGCUUGAGAUUCAUUCCAAUCUGUCCAGCGUUCAGAGGAUUCAGGCAGAAGCAGAAUGUGGAAUCGAGGGACACAACGGAGGAGAGCGUUGCCAGCACAAAAGUGUAACAUGGAUAGUUUCUUCACACAAGCUCCAGCACUAGAACACUGUCAUUGCCUGUUUAAUUGAACUAUCAUUUAUAGUAAUGUAUCCUUCUUAUGAAAUAUUCAAGCAAAAUGUGUAAAUGUCAAAGCACCAAUUUACUUUUAACAAGGCAAAAUCUGUAAUAGUAAAUGUUAAAACUAGAAUUUGGUAACUUAAAGGAAUGCUAACCAAGUUUUUAAAAGCCAUUGUCUUCUACAGUAUUGUAUUAGCAUUAGCAGCAUUGUCAUGAGAACAGAAGAACAUUUAUGAACAAGAGGCCAGCAUUCAGCCAAUCAGAGCUCAACCAGUUCCUUACAGCUGAUUGAUCUUACAACGUUGUCAAGUUGAGUGUUAAAGGAUCCCAGUGAAUCAGCACCAGCAACAUGACUAGGUAGCCCAUUUCAUCCCCUCACCACACUCUGUGUGAAAAAGUGUCUCCUUCAGCAACAUGACUAAGUAGCCCAUUUCAUCCCCUCACUACUCUGUGUGAAGAAGUGUCUCCUUCAGUAACAUCGCUAGGUAGCCCAUUUCAUCCCCUCACCACUCUCUGUGUGAAGAAGUGUCUCCUUCAGCAACAUGACUAAGUAGCCCAUUUCAUCCCCUCACUACUCUGUAUGAAGAAGUGUCUCCUUCAGUAACAUCGCUAGGUAGCCCAUUUCAUCCCCUCACCAAUCUCUGUGUGAAGAAGUGUCUCCUUCAGCAACAUGACUAGGUAACCCAUUCCAUCCCCUCACCACUCCGUAUGAAGAAGUCUCUCCUUCCCUCUGCCCUAAGUCUAUCCAUUAAUUUCUAAACUGUCCUCUAGUCCAGGUUUCUGUGCUGUGGUCCUCCUCUUUUUGUGUAGAAGAUUUUUUGGUGUUUUGCUUGCUUUGUAUAUUUAUAUUCAGUUUUUUUUUUUAAAUACAAUACUAGAUAAAAAAUGAUAUAAUUAUAUUCAGUGCUUUAAGUCACAUGAUCUGAUUUCAGCUAGACCAGUGGUUCUCAGCCUCCCCGACGACCCAUUGCUGUAGUGUCCCAGGUCUGUGACUCCGCCCCCUAUCAGCACAAGAACAGGUGUACAAAAAUAAAAACAAGGCAAUGUGUUUUACUGAACUAUUUUAAAAAAUAAACUGAGAAAGAGAUGAACCAGUUUAAAAAUGGGUGACUACAAAUUACAUGUUGUAGAACUGCAGAAACAAGAUAUUGAACUGCGCAGUGAGUCAGUGGGAAGGCUGUGCUGGUUUAUGUUUCACCAGCUCUUGAAUUGUUGGUGCAGUUUUUGCGAGUGCACAUCAAAGGUCAUCUUCAGGGGCUAAUUGGCUCUGAUGCCUCUUUGAAAAGACACUUCAAUACACUUCCACUAUGAUGGGGCCACGUCACAAAGGAGACAAAUACUGCCAGUCUGUAUCCUAACACAGUGGCUACUCUCAGAAGUAAGUCAACUCAAACAAUGUCUCCUCCUCCCUCAGCUGGAUUCUAACUUGGUUUAAAUGUGUUUGGGACUUUAGCAGUCAUGGUAGGAUUUUAAGUGGGUGGGUAUUUAUCUUCAUAGUUGUGGCUGUUAAACCCAGACCCCUAACACCAUAUACAUGAGCAGUCAGAAAGUACUGCUGUGCUCCAGAAACCUGCUCUGGGUUGAUUCAGUUUUAGUAGUUGUACUCAUUCUGCCAGUAGCUAAAAGGCCCAGGAGGAUGGUGACUGGUAACUGUAGCAUGUUCUGCCAUUUUACCUCUGAUUCUAAUGUAUGUAUUACACUAUAUAACACAAUUUUUGUUCCUUGGUAGUAAGUGUUA